AGCCGAGUUGCUUAUUUAAGGGAAGCCCAAAUCCUGCUAGCUGCAGCCAAACAGCUUAAGCUUCUCCGCGGCAUCGCGCUGCGAUAGCUAAGAAGGCGAUCGAAGCGAGAUAAUAAUACCAUGGACUCGGAGCAGCAGCAGCUCGCUCGAGGCGGCGGCGUCGGCAUCAGCAUCAGCAUCGACGGCAAGGCGGCGGCAGUGAGGGAGGCGUCCUUCAGGGUGUACUACAGCCCGAGCGCCGGCGCCGUGCCGUUCCUCUGGGAGUCCGCGCCGGGCACGCCCAAAUGUGGCGGCGCCGUCUCCCGGCUAGAGGAUUCGUCGCCGCUCCCCGUCGAGACGGCGAGCGGCGGUACUACUACAACGUCGACGAUGCUGCUGCUUCCGCCCAUCUCGCCGCCGCCGUUGUACUCGUACCAGUCGUGGUCGUCCCAGGCGAAGGGGAGAAGGAGGCCGUCGUCGUGGACGGCGGGGGGCGUCAUGAGGGCGCUGCUCGGCGGGCUCGGGCUACGGAAGAGCCGCCGCCGGCGGCGGCGUCCAGCCUAGCUCUGUAGACUGUCACUGUACGUAGUUCGACUUAUCUUUGAGCUACCGUUGCGUUGCCAGUUUGCUGCUGCGUGCUUAAUUACUGGAUAGAGGAUUGAUCUUAUUGUUAACGCCACGUCAUGAACAGACAAUUCACUCGGGAUGCGUGCUCGAUAAUCUUUUAUAUAAGCAACCCACUGCUAGAUUUCUCUAAACAUGCAAGUAUGCCACGUCAUCAUAUAAUUAUUUUGUUCACACAUAUUUAGUGAAAACUCAUAUUUUGCACAUGCAUGCAUGUUAGUUCCAUCAAGCUAUCCCGUUAAGUGAAAAAUGUACAAUUUCAUUAUAUUUCAAUUUUGAAUACUCUUUGUGU